AUGGCUGGUGCUGCCUCCUCUCGCCAACAGUCCAAGCUGCGCAAGAAGCUGACGCGCAAGGAACGCGAGCGGCAGAAGGAGCUUGAAGAGGGUCCUGGGAAACAGACGCGCCGAAAGCGCUUUCUCAAUCCUGACGAGGACUUUGGCAAAAGAAGCCUCGUCUACCAGCUCAAGUACGGCGAACUCAAGAACGAAGUGCCUAUCGACAGCCUCCGGCCGCACGUCCGCCCAAGGCCAAUACCACGAGACGAUGACUUUCGCGCGGAGCUACUAAACGAUACAAGAGGCGCAAAGAAAUUGCGCAUUGCGCAGGCAUCUGCAUCACCGGAAGACGACCCUCGAAAAAAAUACCAAGAUGACAUCCAAAUACGAGGACAAGGAUCGAAUAGACGAUCGCUUAGUCAAGAUCCGUCUGAAUCAUCGACGGGAAAAUUCAACAUCAUGGACAUACUUGCAUCCAAGCCCAGACAGUAUAGCCAACACGGCGUUAGAGAUUCAGCCGAACACUCUGGCGGCACUCGCAGGUGGAAUGAGCAGCAAUCAGACGGAGAUUCACGCGAAAGACGAUAUGGAAGCCAUAGAGACUCAGCCGAACAUUCUGGCGUCACUCGCAGGUGGAAUGAGCAGCAAUCGGGCAAAGAUUUACGCACAAGACAACGUGGCAACCGAAGAGAUUCAAGGAGACACUCCGGCGGCGCUCCCAAGGGGCAUAAACAGCAACCAGGCAGAGACUUGCUUGAGGGACGAUUCACCAGCCAUAGAGAUUCAGCCAAACGCUCCGGAGCCGCUCGCAGGAUGAUGCCCAUGACCAUCAAAUACACGACGGCCGCCUCACAGUUUCUCUACGGACGAUCGGUGGUCCAGGCUGCGUUGGAGGGGGGCCGCCGAAAAGUAUACAACCUCUACAUCUGCGGCGGCGCAGAGACCCAUGCGGAUCGCCUCUGCGAAAUGCAAAUUGCACGACUGGCGACGCGUAAGGGCGCCAAGGUCACAUUGGUGCCUCCUAAGGAGCAGCGGCUCAUGGACAAGAUGAGUGCGGGGCGGCCGCACAAUGGCUUUGUGCUAGAGGCGUCGCCCAUCCAGCAGAUGCCCGUCAUGGCGCUGGGCCAGGUGGAAGACUCCGAGGGCGGUCAGCGCAUUCGCGUCACACCCGGCCACCAGACCCGCGAGGACGAGGACAUCAACAGCGCCACACCUUUCUUUGCUCGCUCGAGCAGCCGCACCCCACAGCCGCUGGUGCUCCUGCUUCACGAGAUCCUCGACCCGGGCAACCUCGGCGCGCUGAUUCGCACGGCCAGCUACCUGGGUGUCGACGCCGUCGGCAUCACCCAUCGCAGCUCGGCGACCCUGACUCCCGUGGCGUUGAAGUCGGCCGCCGGCGGCGCCGAGGAAGUCACUCUCUUCACCGUCUCCGAGCCCGCCGAGUUCCUGGAGCAGUCCAGGAGCGCGGGGUGGGUCGCGUAUGCCGCCGUCCAGCCGCCCGGCGAAAAGCUCGCGCGCAUGCACGGCGACAAGUUCCUGUCGACCGACGACAUUGAGCGCCGCAGCCCGCUACUUGAUAAACCCUGCAUCCUCGUGCUCGGUAACGAGGGUCACGGCUUGCCGCGCCAAGUCAAGGUCGCGGCUGACUACGAGCUAUCGGUCCCACGCGUCGUGUUCGAGGGCUGCGUCGACAGUCUGAACGUGAGCGUCGCCGGCGCGCUACUGACGCACGCAUUUGUCAAGGGCGCCAUGACAAAGGAGACGAAGACGGAGACAGAGACAGAGACGGAGACGGAGACUGAAAAGGCAGAGGAGACGGAGAGAGCGAUAGAUGACGCCGCCACGGCCGCAGCCCCAAAAGAGGGCAAAGAGGAGGAUCAAGAGAGGCUUUUUUAA